AUGGCUCUACUCAGCACUCCUCUCCUCGCCGUCUUGGCCACCAUCGCCCUUUUCGCCGUCCAAUUCGCAACCCUGCGCCUCCUCUCCCUCGCUCCCCACCGCCGACCCCCAUCAACCUCUCGCAAGCCCGGCACGCGCGCCCACCUCCUUAUCGUCCUCGGCAGCGGCGGCCACACUGCAGAAAUCCUGUCUAUGCUUCGUCGCAGCGGCACAUGCCAAAAGUUCACCCACCGCACCUGGCUAGUCUCUUCCGGCGACAAUUUCUCCGCUGCCUUUGCCAAAGAACUCGAGCAAGAGUUGGGAGAAAAGGAAGGCACUUAUAGGAUCCAAGAGGUCAGGAGAGCGAGGAAGAUACAUCAGAGUUUGAUCUCUACGCCUUGGAGCUGUCUGUUGUGUUUGUGGGAUUGUUUGAGGGUUCUGGUGCCGUCUUCUGCUGGAUCAGAGUAUGGCUAUCCGGACUUGAUACUCACCAAUGGUCCCGCCACUGCCACAAUUCUGGUCUUUGCAUCUGUCUUGCUUCGAUUCUUUGGCUUGCAAGGGAAAGAUGGCAAAGGAGAAAUGCGCACGAUAUACGUUGAGAGCUGGGCGAGGGUCAAGAAGCUCAGCUUGAGUGGACGAUUGCUGUGCUGGGUCGUGGACCGCGUGCUUGUGCAAUGGGAGCAGCUGCAAGGCACUGCUGGGCGAGCCGAGUUCCAUGGUGUCCUGGUCUGA